AUGGAUGCGCACUGGGACGGGUACGACUAUCUUGUCGCCCUCUCAGCGCGGGUUCAACAUAUGCGCUGCGUCGACCGGCUUCUUGUUGACCUGCCAACCGCCGCCAUCCAGAUCUUCAAGGGCGUGCGCGCGGAUGCUCCCACGGACACAGACCCGGCGCUCACUGCGAAGCGGCAGGACCGUGCAUACCGGCUUGCUGAUCUGAGUCGAUGCAAAGUUACUGGCAAAAUCUACAGCAAGACAAGCAAUGGCGAUGGCGACGCUAUGGUUGGCAACAGAACCCUGGCAAGGAGAUGGACUACCGCUGCGUCUACAGCUGGGCCCAACGGUGGAGUUCACGUGGAGUGCCCGCCGGUGCCGGGGGAGCAGGUGGAGGUCAUGCGGUCGCUGAACGGGUGGGUGGCGGACAACAUGCUCCCGCUGCUCGCCCCCGUGGAGUCCUCGUGGCAGCCCCACGACUUCCUGCCGUGCUCUGCUCCGGCGUCCGGCGAGUCCGAGGGCGAGGCGCUGGCCGCGUUCACGGAAGCCGUGGCCAAGCUGCGUGAGGGUGUCGCUGGCGUACCGGACGAGAUCCUGGUUUGCCUGGUGGGCAACAUGGUGACGGAGGAGGCGCUUCCGACGUACCAGACCAUGGGAAACCGCGUGGAAGGCGGCUCCGACGAGACCGGCGCCAGCAGCCUCCCCUGGGCGCAGUGGAUACGCGGCUGGACCGCCGAGGAGAACCGCCACGGGGACCUCCUCAACCGCUACCUCUACCUCUCCGGCCGCGUCGACAUGCGCCAGGUCGAGACCACCGUCCACCACCUCCUCCGCAACGGCAUGGAAAUGCUGGUGCCCAACAGCCCGUACCACAGCAUGAUCUACGGCGCGUUCCAGGAGCGCGCAACCUUCAUCUCCCACGGACACACGGGGAGGCUCGCCGGACAGCACGGCGACAAGGCGCUCGCCAAGAUCUGCGGCGCCAUCGCUGCCGACGAGAGGCGCCACGAGGCGGGAUACACCAGGGGAUCCGCGAAGCUGUUCCAAGUGGACCCCGACGGCAUGGUGCGCGCGCUGGCGUAUGUCAUGCGCGGCAAGGUGACCAUGCCCGGCCUGCUCAUGUCGGACGGCCGCGACGGCGGCGAGACUCUGUUCGAGCGGUUCUCCGCGGUGGCAGAGUGCAUCGGGGUGUACACCGCGAGGGACUACGGCGAUCUGGUGGAGCACUUCGUGCGCAGGUGGCGGGUGGCCGAGCUCACUGGGCUGUCCGGUGAGGGCCGGCGUGCGCAGGAGUACGUGUGCGGGCUGCCGCCAAAGAUCCGGAGGAUGGCGGAACUGGCCCAUCAGAGGGCUGCCCGCAGCGAGUCGCGAACGCUGCAGUUCAGUUGGAUCUUUGAUAGAAGUGUCAUGCUGCGCUGA